UCUCUUUCACCCACCACCACGAACAAGAUGUCGGUCCCUCCUCAGGCUGCUGCUCUGCGUAGUCCCCUUGCUGCCGUCUUCCUGCUACAUAUCGCACUGGAAAUGCCUAUCGCCGUACAAGGACUCUUCUCUCCCAUGUCAUUGCCAUUCAUCCAGUUGAACAACACAUCCAUAGUGUUGCUCAAACUUUACGCUUCGCUUGCUUUGGGGAUCUCAUUAACCUCCCUCCUCGCAUACUCUCUUCCGGAUUUCCUUCCGGCUAAGCGCGCGUUGGCCAUAGGACUUUGUGUGUAUCACAGUGCGGUGAGCACAGUGUUGUUCCAGGCGCCUAGAUUCAUUCCGCAUUCGUUCGGGGCGCUCGCCGAGGCGAACAAUGUGACGCCAGAAGUUGUGUGGGGAACGGCACAUGGUAUUAUUGGAUUGGGGAUGAUUUUUUGGUGGCAGUCUACAGUGGGAUUGACUCAACAAUUAGCUGCAUUACAGAGAAGGACAUAGAACUUAUCACCCAUAGAAGCUAUGCAUGAAUAUCAUGAAUAUGUAUACCUCAGUAUUUAGUUUUGUUGUAAAUCCAUUCUACCACUCAACACUGGG